CGUGGCCGUGGCCGUGGCCGCUGUCCCUCCGCCUGGCAGUUUGUGAAAAAUUUCAAGAUUGAUGAUUCAUCCCAUCCCUGCAACUCCUUAUGAACUUACAGAGCAAAGCGAUCAGAUACCAGUUGACUUUUUUAAGGAUGUUUGAGAGUUCAAGACUACGAGCACAUGGUCUGUGAAGGGAAGGAGUUCUGCAUGAAUGGCCUUGGAUGUGGGAAAAUCAGGUUCUGAAGCCUCACUGAAUGUUAAGUCCUAUGGUAGGUGGAACUACGCAGAACUAGAGACCGACAGCCCUGAGCUAGUUAGCAGUGUGCAUCGGCUUUUAGAAGCAAAGCAAGUGAAGUCAUCCCCAAAAGGAACUGAGGAUGUGGCAAUGGAUGGAACAGGCCACAGAGUAACUGGUGUCUCCCAGAGAAAGCCCAGCUGUUAUAAAGUGUCUUUAACACCUUCUUCCAGGUUUUCCAGAGCAAAAGCAAAAACAACGUACGUGGAGAGGCAGCCAUUAACUAAUUGCUACCAUGAAUGGUUCUAUUUACCCCGUCGCUUUAGCAGAACUCUUUCCCAUCCCGGAGGGCAGCAGUGUUUUGAGCAGAUGAAAAUGGUGGAAUGUCCUGGCUGUAAGGAGCACCUUCCGAAUGCUCCUGAGCAUCAACCAACGCUUCAGAGCUCAGCAAUGGACGCCAACGUUUACAUCUCCAGUUCUGAGUCCCUUCCUGUCCUAAAUGCUGACCGUGGGAGCCAGGCCUCACUUUCCCUUUCUUCAACCACUUCGAAGGCUUUGCCUAACAGAACACUCCCCAGUUUUGAUACUGUAAUCCCAACGUUUUCCAGAUCGAGCCUUUCCACGCCACCUUCAGAAGACGAUGAGUUUGAACAGCAGGAGAUAAGAUCAAGAAGCUUACCAGCUCGAAGGGUUUUUCCUUCAUCUGAAGUCUUCCCCUCCCGGUAUCUGCCCAGUCGCUCUACUCCAGUAGGAGAUCCCAUGCACAGCACACGCAGGCCGUUAAAUCCUCUCUUUGAUGACUGCGUAGCUGUGGAACAAGGAAAAAAGGGGUCGUCCUUUCAGGCUGAUUACUGGGCAUGCGCAAUACCUGAUUCUUUACCCCCGUCUCCGGACCGGCAGUCUCCACACUGGAACCCUCAUAAAGAAUACGAGGACUUGCUUGAUUACACUUACCCUUUGAAGCCAAAAUACAAGCUUGCGAAGAACAUCAAGUCUGUGAUGCCUGAUCCCUUCUUCCAUGACUCUGGUAUAGACCUUGACAGCUUUUCUGUUUCACCUGAGAGCACUUUGAAGGGUAUCAGUGCACCUGGUCAAAAUCAACAUGUUUCAGGGAGCAACGUAAGCCAGAGUAAGGAGUGUGGAAUCUCGGCAGAAAGAUUUUCAACUCCCUUCUCUAAGAAGCCAGGGUAUUUAGGAGCAGUUCCUUAUUAUGGAUCUUCACCUAUCACAAAAGUGUCCUUUGCAGAAUGUGUUGCUACUGCCACCAAAGCAGAUCCCGUUAGAGGGUUUGCAAACAGUUUCCUUUCUUCUAAGUGUUCUGGACUAAGUUCAUGUGAUCCAACUCACGUAGAUGGAGGAGGCUGGGGGAGUAGAGGAGAUGAAGACUUUUCAAAGUGUCAGGUAAAGAAAAACGGUGCCAGUCAUUUUGUACCCACUACGCAAAUACUGCCACCGAAAAAAGCAUGGGAGAAUGAUGAAGAAUUUCUUUCCCUGCCUCCCAGAAUCAAGGAGUUAGACGGUUUGGCUCGAUAUUUGUCUGAUCUUUCGCUGACUAAAGGGAGACCUGGGCAUGACCAGGUGCAACAAGACCUUCCAUGCUACAUUGGCAGCAGAAGUCACCUUUUAUCUGACUUGGUUGAAGAUCAAGGCAGCAUAAAGAACAAAUAUGGAAUUCAGGGCAGUGAGGAUUGUGUUCUGUGCCAUGCAUGCAGCUCUCAGAAGCCCUCUACAGAAAAUAUUAACCUAAGUAGCCAGGACCACAGGGAAUCUGUAAGCAGAUUGGGAAUGCCCUCCAUCAGGGACAUGCUAGAUGGGAGAUACCUAGGUGCACUGGAGAGUGAAGGGCAGGAUCUAACAAAAGGGAAGGACCAACAGAAAGAGUCACUUGCGCAGUGUAUUAAGAUAUUUUGCUGUCAGCUAGAAGAGCUAAUUCAUUGGCUGUAUAAAGUAGCAGAAGUUACAGACAACUGGAUUCCACCCGAACCAGAUGUUGGAAGUGUGAAGACCUCCUUACAUCGUUACCUGCAAUUCAAGAAGGAUGUAGCUGAUCACCAGACUCUGACAGAGAGCGUGUUACGAAGGGGCGAAACCCUCCUGAAAUGCAUGGCAUCGAAUUCACCAGUUUUAAAGGACGCCCUUGGAUUGAUUGCAAAACAAUCAGAAGAACUUGAAAGCCAUGCAGAACGUUUGUACGAAUCGGUUUUGGCAGCUACGGAUACCAUUGGGGGUGACAGCCUGAUAAAGGACAGUGACACACAGCAAACGAUUGCCCAGGCAAAAGAAGCCAAGUGGGUAAUACCUCUAGCAGAGCUGGAAUUUGUCAGCCAAUCUUUGGAGGCAUGAAGGAUGAGAUGCAGCAAGGCACUCUAAGCAAUAACAUUUUCAACUUUUAUAGAAAUGUCGAAGUGAAACUGAUCACUGAGUACACUGCGACUUGGCAAUACUGGGAUGCCUUUCAUCAGUUUGUGAAGAAAGAGCUGUUACUGUGUUUUUAUUUAAACUAGUCCUGCAGUUCAAGUUGUUGUUGUAGCAGGUAUACAGAUCAGUGCUUGGUUGAAGAGCAUAUUUUCAGUUGCUUUUCCCUUUUAGAAGUUGCUUGUUCCAUGUAACAGUGUGUAAUUGUCAGGAACCACCACCUUUUGAAAUGAGUAUUCCAAACACAGAACCCACAUAACUUGUGAUACUUAAUUUCAAGUAAAGCUGUGUGGUUUAUUUUA